CACUGCUUCUAGUACAUUCUCUGCCGACGAAAACGCCUCUGCUUCGCAGACAGAGGCCACAGUUAAAAAGGUCUCUGCUUCUCAGAAAGCCGGAAAAAGCGGAGAGGUGUCUUCAGUUACGGACAGAAACACUCAGAAGACAACGCAGGAUUAGGUGAUAGAAUGGGCGAAACCGGUAUCGAAGAUGGCGGGACACUCCCACGGAGCAGAGCCCGUCAACAAAAAUGUCGUUGCGAGAGCUUGCGGAAGUAAAGGAGUGGCGCAGGUUUUACGCACCAGGAGGAGGAUUGUUCGCCUGGGCCGACUUUUUUCCGCGUGCUCAAAAGCAUGGGUUCGAUAUAUCUGGGGAUAGUGUGCGCUUGACAAACGCGGCCGCCGCUGCAGGAGGAUCUGACGUUUCUAGAUGACGGAGGGCAAUGGCGCACAAACUGAGCUCUUUCAACAAGACCGAGAUCGAUCUCUUCGCCCAUCGUACCUUGAGCCGACCUUUCGACAUACUAAUCGAUGAUGGCUUACUUACACGAAUCCCUUGGAAACCGAGCGAAUCUAGCGUAUUGGUGGCGGUUCGUGCAGCCUGGCGGAUGGUACUUGAUAGAGGAUUUUCCAGUCGCCAUCGUGUCACCAACAACGACGUUUUGUCCCGCAGAGUCGCUACUUGUGUCUGACUUCGCUUUGGAGGAAGAGAAGGGGCUGACUGCAUUGGUUUCAUGACCUUCGGUAGAAGAUGACAAAGACGAACUCUUGGACGAACAAGUAGGAGGCUUCGAGUCUGAAACUGGGCUCCUUAUUGACACGAAGAGUCUACUUCCGACACGACACGAAGGCCAAGUGAUAUCCUCACCGCAUUGGUCUUCACAGGAAGGAAAUACUUCUUCGCAGUAUGGUGUGGAAGGUACCCGGUUGGUUUGGAAGCAUCAACCUGGACGUCUCGGGGGCGAGGUAAGCAAGGAUAUGGAUGAUGUUUAUUCACCCAGCUUGAACAGACCUGCUGCGAACUUCACCGGACUCACCCAACGGGUUAUAUCCGGGAUAAGUAUGCGCAGACAGUACGACCGCCUCAAGCUCGUCCUUAACCUCAACCUCAGCUUCUGCGCCUUCUGCUUCUCCGUCGAAAGGAGAUGUCUCUGCGACUCUGUCCUCUAAAGGAGGCGCAGCAGAAACAGAACACCAAAAGCUAGCUCAGUUCCAGCGGGAGUUCGCGAAUCCUCUAGUGAGACUCCGAGACUGAUUGCUAGAAACUUCUGUGAUGGGCGUAGGGAAAUCGAAAGAAGAAAACUAGAAGCAACACGCAUGAAAACUAGAAAGCAUUUGAUGUACAACAAAUGCAUGAAAACUAGUCUCCUGUUGAGGACUACAAGAGCCUGUUCGUUGAGGACUUUUCCUCCUGAUCCUAAGGGCUCCUCAGAUUCUGUGUGGAUUCCGACAGCCGAAGAUUCUCAGAUUCUGACAUCGAAUAUUCUCCGAUUAUGGAGGGUGUACGGAAUUCAUCUCGUUCUAAGCCAUCUGGAAGAAGAAAACUAGAAGCAAAAGAUGAAGGCCGCAUUCGCACUUUCUUGCAGCAGAGAGGGAUACGGGACAUCAAAAGUAUCAGCAUGCUGAAGACGCCAGCAGGAAAGUCGAAAGGUGCAUGUCAGAUAGUGUUCGCUGCGCAGGCAGAAAUGACGAUAGCCUUACUAGGGCUGAACGAAAGCCAAGAAUUAGACAUGGAAGGCGGGAGGAAGAUCUACG